AUGACAGAGACAGUGACAGGGACAGAGACAGAGACAACGGCACAAGCACCGGCAACAAGCAAAGAAGCCCCUUCUAGCGGGCCCAUCCUGCCCCCAGAGGAAGGUGUCCAAGGAUGGCUUUGUGUCGUUGGCUCGUUUCUAGCCCUGUUUGCUACUUUUGGGUUCUUGAAUGCGAUCGGCGUCUUUCAAACGACCUACCAAGAAACCACUCUCAGCUCAUACACCUCGUCAGACAUUUCAUGGAUCUUUGCAGUCCAGCUAUGUCUUCUCUGGGCUCUCGGACCACUUUAUGGACGUCUUGUUGACACCUACGGACCGAGCCCCGUAAUCUAUCCUUGCAGUUUUCUCUGCGUCUUCUCACUAUGCAUGACCAGUCUAGCGGACAAAUACUACCAAAUAUUCCUAGCACAAGGCUUGGUGUUUGGACUCGGUGCUGGAGGCGUCUUUACUGCGGCCAUGGUUUGUGUUAGUCAGUGGUUUGUCAAACGGCGCGGAUUAGCGGUUGGCAUUGCGACUAGUGGCUCUAGUUUGGGCGGAGUCGUAUUUCCUAUCUUCGUCAACCGAGUAAUUCAGGAUGUAGGAUUCAACGGUGCGGUGAGGUAUACGGCUCUAUUCAUUGGGAUUAUGCUAGCUGCAUCCUGCAUCAUGGUACGAGGGAGAUUGCCUAAGAAGCCGUGGAAUAACAAGACGCCUUGGUUCGAUGUGACGUUGUUCAAGGAUAAGCCAUUUGCUUUCUACACAUUGGGAUCGUUCCUCGUAAUGUGGGGACUUUGGGGUCCCUUUGACUUUAUUUCGAGCAUGGCGCAAGCCAAGGGGUUCUCUCCUACGCUUGCCCUUUACCUAAUAUCUAUCGUCAACUCAACUUCUAUACCCGGCCGUAUUAUUCCGCCUCAUCUCGCAGACCGCUUCGGCCAUUUCAACGUCAUCACGCUAUGCUGCGCGUUGAUCGGAGCCUCCAUGCUUGCUCUCUGGCUACCAUUCAACUACCACCCAUCCCAUGCCGGGAUUAUUGUUUUUGGCCUGGUAUACGGUUUCGUGAGUGGAUCAUUUGUGUCUCUACUGAUGCCCUGUGUGGCCAAAACGGGAAGUUUGGAGACUCUCGGUCAACGAUUUGGGACCUUUCAGAUAGUGAUGGCUGUCUCAUGCCUCACUGGACUGCCAAUCAUGGGCGCCAUUCUUAAUCGACAAGGAGGAACCGAUUUUUCAGGCCUGCAAAUCUUUGCCUCGGUGACUGCGCUGCUCGGUUCUGGUUUCCUUGUGGCGUCCACUUAUCUUCUGUCUCGCGUACGAAACACUUGGAAAGUAUGA